AUGGCCGUGCUCGAAAAGUUUCGUGAGGCCUUUGGCCGUAGCCCUUCUAUUACCGAAGAAUCCGGCAACAAUGUUACCAUGAACACCGUCGAGGAGACCAAGCAUGAUCCCAUUGCUGAUGAAGCAGUCCGUGGUCCUGAAGACUCUGAGGAAACUGUUUCCGAGGAUGCCUCUUCAGCGCACCUCCAGAUUGGUGUUAACGACGUCGAGGCUAUCACCAAGUCUUGGUCCAAAUGGUCCCUGAUCGCCGUUUUUGCCAACAUCUGGCUCUUAUACUUUGUGAAUGCUUUUCAGUCCUCUAUUCUUUCCAACCUGCUCCCCUAUGUCACCAGUUCCUGGGAGUCCCACUCCCUCCUGAACGUCAUCUAUGUCGUUGCCGACUGCAUGUCGGCCGCCGUGUACAUCCCUCUGGCGAAAAUCAUGGACGUGACUGGCCGUGCUGAAGGUUUCGCGACCAUGGCUGUCUUUGCUACGCUGGGACUGAUUUUGAUGGCCACCUGCCACAAUCUUCCCACCUUCUGUGCUGCCUAUGUAUUCUACACCAUUGGCUUCGGUGGCAUGACCUACUGCGUGGAUGUCAUCACUGCUGAUGCCUCCAAGCUGAAGAAUCGAGGUCUGGCCUACGCCUUCACCUCUUCCCCUUACAUCAUCACGGCCUUUGCUGGUCCCAAGGCUUCGGAUGACUUCCACCUUAGCUGGCGCUGGGGCUUUGGCAUGUUCGCCAUCAUUUUCCCUGUCGUCGCUGCCCCGUUGUACUUCAUCCUGAAGCACAACCUAAAGCGCGCGCAGCAGCAGGGUUUGGUCGCCGUCAACCGCGACGCCCGCACCUGGUACCAGCUUGUCUGGUUCUACUUCAUCGAGUUUGACAUUGUUGGUGUCCUUCUCUUCUCCGCCGGUCUCUGUGUCUUCUUCCUUCCCUUCGAUAUCUCCUCCUACGCCCCCGACGGCUGGGCUUCGGGCUACAUUAUCGCCAUGAUCGUCGUCGGUGUCGUGAUGCUGGUUCUCUUCUGCCUGUACGAAUGGCUCCUUGCGCCCGUGCCUCUUUUCAAGUUCGGCUUCCUCUUCAACCGUACCGUUAUUGGUGCCUGUCUCCUCGACGCCACCUACCAGCUCUCAUACUACUGCUGGGACAACUACUUCACCUCUUUCCUGCAAGUUGUCAACGACCUGAGCGUUGCCGAAGCCGGUUACGUCAGUGACACGUUCGACGUCGUGUCCGGUGUCCUGCUCCUCCUCGUCGGUUGGUUGAUCAGCAAGACCGGCCGCUUCAAGUGGCUCCUCUACAUUUCCGUGCCCUUGUACAUCUUCGCUCAGGGUCUCAUGAUCUACUUCCGUCGUCCCAACCAAUCCGUCGGCUACCUCGUCAUGUGCCAGAUCUUCAUCUCCAUCGGAGGCAGUAUCUUCAUCAUUAUCGAGCAGCUCGCUAUCCUGGCCGCCGUCGACCACCAGCACGUCGCUGCCGCCCUGGCCCUCCUCAACGUCGUCGGUACUAUCGGUGACGCUAUCGGUGCCACCAUCUCCGGUGCUAUCUGGGAUAACACCUUCGAGAAGGCGCUUAUCCGCUACCUACCUGAAUCAGCCAUGUCCAACCUCGAGAACAUCUACGAGGACCUGGAAACUCAGCUGAGUUACCCGACUGGUAGUGUUACCCGCACUGCUAUCCAGCAUGCCUAUGGAUAUGCCCAGACGCGCAUGUUGGCGGUUGGAACGGGUCUCAUGGCUCUGUCCUUUAUCUGGAUCGUUAUGAUCAAGAACAUUAAUGUUGCCAAGGUCAAACAGGUCUCGGGUAUGGUCUUCUAG